AUGAAGCGUCCUAACGCUGAACCACCCUACCUCUAUCUCCCCAUCAUCCUCUCUAUUCUCCUCGCACCACCCGCCUUCUCCGAAUGCUACUACCCCAACGGUACUAUAGAAACGAACCCAGCCUACCAGCAAUGCCCCGACUUCAACGGCACUCGAAUGUGCUGUGCCACAAACCGCAGUAACCCCUUCGGCGGCGCAGACACCAACGGCUGGACAGCGAACAAGUGCCUGCCCAAUGGUCUCUGUCUAGACGGAUUCACGACCAUCAAUACUCACGGAGAAAAAGUUCAGGUCCAGCAAUAUUGGCGGGAUACGUGCACGAGUCAGAAUUGGGAUGAUGGGGGUUGUCUGAAGGCUUGUGCUGGGAGUGUAUGUUAG